AUGGCCGACCCUCACGUGGUGCAGAUGAGGCGGCCGCCGGUGCAGACGGCCGCCAAGCCCAACACCACUUUGUACCAGAUUGCCAUGCGAUACUCGGGAUACUACAGCUCAUCGGAUGACGAGGAUUCGCUUUUCGGGAGUACUGGUAGAGGUCGAGCCCUUCACAAAGAGCUGCUCCAGAAGAAGGCUCAUCAGAAGCAUGCUCACGAUCCGGGUGAAUACGUGGAAGUGAAAGGCUCUCGCCCAUCAUCACGGGUCGUACCGCCCGAUGUAACGCAAAAUGGGUCUAAUGGUUGGUUUUUAGGCCGUCUCCCAUCCGGCUCCGUGGUUCCAGAAUCAACGUCCGACUACAUGGUGAUGAACGGGAAUGCCGAGCAGAUGCUUAGACGGGUUGAAUUGCUGCAGAAUCGACAGCAACAG